AUGCUGGAAGCUUCGGAUGUCAGCGAAUGGCAGUGGAUUCAAACGAAUAAUAAUGUCGCUGACGAUGGAACAAAGUGGAAACGAGUACCUGAUAUGAGAAAAACAAGUCGAUGGUUCCACGGUUCGGAAUUUCUCAAAACUCCAGAAGCAGAAUGGCCUGUGAAGAUACACGUCGAUAACGCUACCUCGGAGGAAUUACGUCCACAUUUAUUGCUGCACAUCAAAUUUCCAGAGCCAAUCAUCGAUCCUCAAAACUUCUCCAAAUGGACUUCGCUUCUACGUCGAUGCGCAUACGUGUUUCGAUUCAUCGGGAAUGUGAAGAUAUCUAGCUCUGAAGAAAGAACUGUUGGAGCAUUGACAGCUGGUGAGCUAGUAAAGGCUGAAAACUACUUGUACCGGCUGGCCCAAGGUAGUUCGUACGCAGAUGAGCUAGCAAUACUAUCGAACACAAGAGCGUCCAAAGAUUCUACCUUGACGAUACCGAAGAAUAGUUCAAUCUAUUAUCUCUGUCCGUUCCUGGACCAACAUGGCGUACUCCGGGUGCGUGGUCGAACCUCGGCGUGUCCCGGUGUGAAUCCGGAUGCAGUGAAUCCAAUCAUCCUUCCACGAACUAAUCACAUCACACGCCUCAUCAUAUCCCACUACCACAACAAAUAUCAUCAUCAACCCCAAAAUACCGUGGUUAACGAGUUGCGCCAACGAUACAGCAUUUCUCGACUGAAGCCUGCCUACAAUGAGAUUCGUCGAUGCUGUCAGCAGUGCAAAAACGAUCGUGCACAACCACUACCACCAGCUAUGGGCGACUUGCCAUUACCUCGCCUGGCCGCCUACGCUCGACAGUUCACGUAUAUGGGGGUGGACUACUUUGGACCAAUUAUGAUUACCGUUGGACGUCGUCAGGAGAAGCGUUGGGUACUUCUCGCCACAUGUCUAACCACUCGCGCCAUCCACUUGCAAAUCAUACACAAUAUGACUACCGAUUCCUGCAUUCUGGGACUGAGAAACGUAAUGGCAAGGAGAGGGGUACCUGCUGUAAUCUUUAGCGACCGGGGUACAAACUUCGUUGGAGCUAGCAGAGAGCUAGAAAAUGCCAUGCAGAACUUGGAUCAAGAGCUUCUUGCAGAAGAGUUCACUACCUCACACACCUCUUGGAGCUUCAUUCCCGGCCUCGCCCCAUAUGGGUGGAUCGUGGGAGCAGCUAGUACGCAGUGUUAA